UCUCACUUUACCACACGACACGACACUUUUAUUGCAAAAGCAGGAAGAGUCGGACUCAGACCAAAAGAAGAGAGCUUCGAGUUUCAGAAGACGACGAAGAAGUUAGCUUUGAUUUCUGUGUCUCUCUCAGUCGCAUCAUGUGCACCACAGUUUCGCAGUUACACUACCUUCCCCCGGUCACUCCCCGUCUACACCUUCCGUCAACUCUAACUUCCUCCUCCUCCUCCUCCGUUAAUUUCGAUGCAAGAACAGCUUCACUCUCAAUGCCCACUCUUUCUCUUCGUUCCUCCUCAACUCCGCAACGUGUCCCACCUCUUAAAUGCGCUGCUUCCACUUCUCAAUCUUAUCGCGCUGAUCAAUCAGCCAAAUUUCAAGAAGCUGCAAAGAAAGGGAAUUUAGUUCCUUUAUAUCGUUGCAUAUUAUGUGAUCACCUCACUCCCGUGCUUGCUUAUCGCUGUCUCGUCAAAGAGGAUGAUCGGGAUGCUCCAAGUUUUUUGUUUGAGUCUGUUGAGCCUGGUUCCGAUGCUUCCAAUGUUGGGAGAUAUAGUGUUUUAGGAGCUCAACCAAGUGUAGAAAUUGUGGCCAAAGAGAAUAUGGUUACAAUUAUGGACCACUAUGAUGGCCGGAGGAUAGAGGAAAUUGUCGAGGAUCCUAUGGAAGUUCCCAGAAAAAUGAUGGAGAGUUGGACCCCCCAACUUGUUGAUGAACUUCCCCAAGUGUUCAAUGGUGGAUGGGUUGGUUAUUUUUCUUAUGACACUGUUCGGUAUGUUGAGAAGAAAAAACUACCUUUUGCUGAUGCGCCACCAGAUGACAGAAAUCUCCCUGAUGUCCAUCUUGGCCUAUAUGAGGAUGUUAUGAUAUUUGAUCAUCUGGAGAAGAAAGCAUAUCUUAUUCACUGGGUGCAAUUAGAUCGAUUUUCUACUGUUGAGGAGGCUUUUAAUGAUGGAAUGGACCGGUUGGAAAAAUUUGUAGCCAGAGUGCAUAACGUAGCUACGCCAAGGCUACCUGCAGGUUCGAUACAUCUAUCAACUCGUCUUUUUGGCCCUAAAUUAGAGACGUCAAGCAUGAAAAGUGAAGAAUAUAAGGAUGUGGUUAUGCAGGCUAAAGAGCAUAUUUUGGCUGGUGAUAUUUUCCAGAUUGUUCUGAGCCAGCGCUUUGAACGUCGCACAUUUGCAGAUCCAUUUGAAAUCUAUAGAUCACUGAGAAUAGUUAAUCCUAGUCCUUACAUGGCCUAUUUACAGGCUAGAGGAUGCAUACUGGUUGCUUCUAGUCCAGAAAUUCUGACACGUGUAAAGAAGACAAAGAUCAUAAACCGACCCCUUGCUGGGACAAUUAGAAGAGGAAAGACACCCAAAGAAGAUAAAAUGUUGGAGAAGGAACUCUUGAAUGACGAAAAGCAAUGUGCAGAACAUAUUAUGUUAGUUGACUUGGGAAGGAAUGACGUGGGCAAGGUUUCAAAGCCCGGUUCUGUUAAAGUUGAAAGACUUAUGGAUAUUGAAAGAUAUUCUCAUGUAAUGCACAUCAGCUCAACGGUCAGUGGAGAGUUACUUGAUAAUUUAACAAGCUGGGAUGUAUUACGUGCUGCACUACCUGUUGGCACUGUUAGUGGGGCACCAAAGGUGAAAGCAAUGGAGUUGAUCGAUGAGCUAGAAGUGACGAGACGUGGGCCAUAUAGUGGUGGAUUUGGUGGCAUUUCCUUUUCUGGUGAUAUGGACAUUGCUUUAGCUCUCAGAACUAUUGUGUUCCCUACGAGCACCCGUUAUGAUAUGAUGUAUUCUUAUAAUGACUUGAGCAAACGGCGAGAAUGGGUGGCUCACCUCCAAGCUGGGGCCGGAAUCGUGGCGGACAGUGAUCCUGCUGAUGAGCAGAGAGAAUGUGAGAACAAAGCUGCAGGCCUGGCUUGCGCUAUUGACCUUGCAGAAGAUUCAUUUGUGAAGAAAUGAUGAAAUUCUACAGAAUCCUCUUUCUUUUAAACAGUAGUUGUUUUGCAAUUUGCAUAUAUGUUAAUGGAUCUUUGGUGUUGUGGGUUUGAUUAUUUUGAUAUGGACAGUAGGCAUUUGUUUUAAUAAUAGUUCUUUCAUGGACCUUUGCGUGUCCGAGAA